AUGAUUACAUCAAAAUCAGUAGCAAGUCUUAAUCUAGAGAAACCCUUAAUUGAGACUAAUAAUCCAAACUAAUAAUCUCUUACUAAUCUCAAUCCGAAAGAACUUGCUGUACGUUAUUGGGUUCUACUUAUUGUUUGCUACUUUAAAUUUGUCGUAUACUACACGAUUGAAUCACCAGCCAGCAUUAAGUAAGAAGUACUUGUGCAUUUUAAGAUAAAUAAUUUGGAAUUUGGAUUAUUUUUCACAGCAACUAGCUUGCUCAAUAUAGUCCUUGCUUUGUUUACAGGCAUUUUUGUAGACGUAGUUGGAAUCAGAACAGCAAACAUGCUUUUUGGAGUUUUAUUUUUUAUCGGCCAAAUUAUAUUCUCAGUCAGUUGUUAUGGAGAGACCAAUUACUAACUUGCUCUUGUUGGAAGAAUUAUAUUGGGGAUUUCUAGAUUCAUAUUAGUUGCACUAUGCUUUGUUUUCAAUCACAUAGACAAAAAAUAUGAAAGGUAAUUCAAUGAUAGCAGUGUGCUUUAAGAUAAUGAAACCAUUCAAAUCAAUCGAUCAUAAAAUUCAGAGGUUUAGGAAAAACCCACUAUAUCAAUGAGGUUGUUUAAAAAGUUAAGCAAGUUAUUUUGGAUAUUUAUGAUAGCAAACAUAAUAUCCUACAUGACAUUGUUGCCAUUUCAUGCAAAUAUUAGCUAGCUUUUAAGAGUAAAAUAUGGCUUUGAUAUCAUUUAAACUGGAAAUAUCAUGGGCUAUAUUGCAAUUUUCACUACAUUAAUGGGUCCAGUCCUUGGUGCUGUUUCAGAUAAAAUAGACAAAAGGAUGCAAACUUUGAUAUUUGCUAAUAUGACUAUCGCCACUGUUUAGAGCUUUUUUGUUCUAGCUCCAAAUUUUGAUAAAUCAUAUCUAAUUGUAAUACCUAUUACCCUAUUUGAGCUUUCAUUCGGAAUAUUUGUCUCAAACCUCCAAGCUGCAAUGAAGUAAAAAUAUUAGAGUUUUAAUCUUAUUUAGUGA